GGGCUCAACUCCUACACUUCUUAAGUCCCUCCCCUGAAACAACCUCCUGCAGUUUCACUUAGAGCCCAAGCCCAGAACAGGUACUUCUCUCCCAGCAGUGACAGCUCCAGCUUCCCACAGGGAUCCCCUGGAAGGCUGCAGACAUCUGUGUGCCUGUUCCUGCACCAGCAGCUGCAGAAGUGUUGUUUUCCGGCACCCCCUCGUCCCUGAGACACCACGGACUGGCCUCCUCUCUUCACCUGGGCAGACGGAUUCUAGAAACCUGAAAAACUGGAAAUAUCAAGAAGCUAAACCCGAGGAAAGCUAACCACAAGAAAGAUUUUAUAAAGAAUCAUUACAUUUAAUUGUUUACAGCAGAAAAAAAAAUGAGUCUCCUCAAAGAACGUAAACCAAAGAAGCCUCAUUACAUCCCAAGACCACCAGGGAAGCCAUUUAAGUACAAGUGCUUUCAGUGCCCCUUUACUUGCAACGAGAAAUCCCAUCUUUUUAACCAUAUGAAAUAUGGCCUCUGCAAAAACUCCAUUACUUUAGUAUCAGAGCAGGAUCGCAUUAUCAAAUGUCCAAAGACCAGUUCCUUGGAGCCCAAACAGAUCAAUCAGCUUGAAUCUACAGUCAAACCGACUUCCUCUAAAUCUGUCACAAAUGGACUGUCGAAUCUCGAUUCAAAGCCUCAAUAUCCUUUCGCAAAAGAAGACACCAAGGAAAACGUUGAAUUACAAAACCAGGCACCAAACACAGCAAUUCAAGGACAAAAACCUGCGAUUCAGAAGGAAUUAACCCCGGCCAGUACAGCAGAAAGCGCUAUCAGCAUGCAGCCCCUUUUGGACAGCAUUGUGAGACCCUCGGCUUUCGUUCCUGUAGGAGAACACAGAGACAGUAAAGGCCCGGACACUAGCGAAGUAUCUGAAAUUAUAUCAGUCUCUAACAAAAGUUCACCUUUUCACACUAAAUCUGCAUUUCAUGCACCAAGUCACCCAUGGAAAGCAGGUUCUCCUUUCCUCCCAGAGUUCCCACAUAAAGUUGCUCCCACGAAAGGCUUUGGUUCCAUUUCACCCUACAUGCAACCGAUGAUUCCCGAGUACUCACCCCAUUUUUAUGAGCACAGGCUGGCUAUCUACACACCUUACUUGCUUCCAGGUAACUCAGAGUGUGAGAGCUCUGCUCUCUCUGUCUACGGCACACAAGAUCAAAGACACUUUCUUCCUCAUCCCGGGCCACUUCCAAAACCCAUAAAUCCGUCGGCAUACGAACACUAUCGAUUGUUCCAACAAUAUCAUUCCACUCCUCCGAUACCAUAUGGAUUUUGUAGGCCAACAGAUCCUCCAUUUUACAGAUUCUCACACGUAGCUGGUAUUAACAGAGAUCAAAAUUCUCACCUCAUGGAAGAAACUACCUUGCUAUAUCCAGCUUCUUUAAGCCCAUCCCAACAAUAUCCUCUAAGUUCACACAAAAAACAAGCAGAUUACGAAAAAGAAAUGACAUUAUUGCAUGCCAAAAGUCAUUCCAAAGAUGACCAAAAUGAACGAGAGAAUGCUAAAAUGAGCCCUCUCGCAGGAAGCGCAGCAACAGGCUCCCCCGGCAGACCUAGCCCGACCAACUUCACUCAGACGAGCCACGCAUGCGAAGGUUUAUUUGACCUCUCUAACAAGUCGUCUUCCACAUCGCUUGGCAAGUAUGAUCAACCAGAAGAAAAUCUGACAGCUUUCAGACCUGUGAGAAAAAGCACCGAUCAACCAACUCUAGUGCAAAGUGUGCAGACACAGCAAGAGAGAGAAGAUUCACCUACCAGCAUUAAUGUCACUGAUGAAGAUCCACAUACACAGAAUGAAGGUCAUAACAAUGAAGGCUCACUGUCCAACACAGAAGACGACACAGGGAUAGUUCCCCUUAAUCUUUCAAAAAAGGCUGACACAAACACAGGACCUGCUCAUGAGCACGCCUACAAAACCACGUCCAAAACAGAAAGUCAGAACUUUCUAGAAUUGCAAGACAUGCCUCUGAACCUCUCGGUAAAAGAUUCCUGUAACACAGGAAGCCUGAAAACGUCAUUCCACAGUCCAUCUCACGAGAAUGGUGCUGCUACUUCUCCAAACACCGAAAACGACGCCUCCCGGGCAGAUGCAUGUAACCCCAAGAACGCUAUUAACGGUGCCUGCGACAAGUCGUCUUUCACACCUCACAGCAACGAAGCUCAAGACUUAAGAAUAAUUGACAGCUGUGAUGAACAGAAACAAACAGCAGCCGUAGCUCUGUGUCAGCUGGCUGCGUACAGCCCCAGCAAAGCCAGGAUGGACGGCGACGGGCAGAGUCCGCAGGACAGUAACGCUGCCUGUACAGAAGCCACUCUUAAAUCUUCCGAGACUCAGGAUACUCAGUGCAACCAAAAAGUAAAAGGACAAAAAAGGACAAAUCAAAAAGAAUCGGCAAAGUCCCAGCAAGGCACUAAAAGAGUCAGGCCAAAUGACUGUAGCAGGGUCUUCACUUUAAGGAAGAGAACAAGGGUAUCUUAACACUGCACCUCCCAAUGAGUUUCUGCUCGCAGAAGCUACUUAUCAACAACACCAGAAAAUGUCUACAAACCAUGUCUCGUUGGUUUUGGUCCAUGACCAGAUAUGUUCAAUCUCUCCCAUGUAAAUAAUGUUCAUAAUUUUAUAUUAAUAUUUUUAAGCAACUGAACUUUGCCCUGUAUGAGCUCAGAUUUUGAUGAGUGAAUUUUUGCAUUCGUUACUAAAGCCAAAAUGAAUCUUCCAAGGUUUUUUGCAAUUGUAUUAAUGUAAAAUAACUUUUACAACUUCUUAAAAGACGUUUAAGCUCUUGAAACAAUAUUGUUCAAUAACGUACUGUCGUACUCUUUUUCAGGCUUAAUUUCAUUUAGUAGGAGUUUUUUUGUCUUUUUUGUUUGAAAAACGUUUUAUUUCACUGUGCAGUAGUUUAAAUUAGCUUAAGAUUAAACCUGGCUAUUUAGAAUUUACUCUAAAAACUGUUUAUCGUGUGAAUGCACUUUGCCAUUAUGCCAUAAUACAAACCAGCAGACCAAAUUUUGUUACUCGGAGGCAGGCAGCAGUUUAAACAAGCUUGGCUAAGCAAGCUUUUCUUCUGUCAACUAAGAACAAGAUUCAAGUUAAGCCAAAGAAAGCCUGCACCUAUUUCACAAACACCUUUAACUGAACCCCCUACGAAAACAAUACUGAAAAUUUGAAGAGCUAAACAAUUCAGGUGCCUGAUCCUCUAAGGUGAGACAACUGGGCAACUUUCAAACUCCAAGCCUAAAAGUUAUUUAUAUAAUUUAUUUCACCUGAGGCAAUCUCUCCUGGUGCAGGUCUUACUUCAGUAAACACAUAUCCCUAAUUAUCAGUGUGCUUCUCUAUACAUCCUAAAACUGUUUUCUGUUUCUAUAACUAUGUAUAUAAACUUCCAAUUUUUGAAAUAAAUCUGUGACCUGUACUUAAAA